AUGGAGACCUGGAUGAACCGACCAUCCACAGAUGACUUUAUCCUCUUGGGCAUCUUUUCCUACCAUGCAACUGAUUUUGUUCUUUUCUCUACCAUUAUGAUGGUCUUCACAGUGGCCCUCUGUGGGAAUGUACUACUCAUCUCCCUCAUCUACAUAGAUCCUCAGCUUCAUACACCCAUGUACUUCUUCCUCAGUCAGCUUUCCCUCAUGGAUCUCAUGCUGGUAUGUAACAUUGUGCCAAAAAUGGCAGUGAACUUCCUGUCUGGCAGGAAGUCCAUCUCCUUUGUGGGUUGUGGCAUACAAAUUGGCUUUUUUGUUUCUCUUGUGGGUUCCGAGGGACUCUUGCUGGGACUUAUGGCUUAUGACCGCUAUGUGGCCAUUAACCAUCCACUUCACUAUCCCAUUCUCAUGAGUCCAAGGGUCUGUCUCCAGAUUGCUGGAGGAUCCUGGGCCUUUGGCAUACUAGAUGGAGUGAUCCAGAUGGUGGCAGCCAUGACCUUCCCCUACUGUGGCUCCAGGAACGUAGACCACUUCUUCUGUGAGGUGGAAGCUUUAUUGAAACUGGCCUGUGCAGACACUUCCCUUUUCGAGAACCUGCUAUUUGCUUGUUGUGUCUUCAUGCUCCUCCUUCCUUUUUCCAUCAUCGUGACCUCCUAUGCUCGCAUUCUGGCUGCUGUGCUCCACAUGCGCUCUGCUCAGGCCCGUAAAAAGGCUCUGGCCACCUGUUCCUCCCACUUGACAGCUGUCUCCCUCUUCUAUGGGGCAGCCAUGAUUAUCUACCUGAGGCCUAAGGGCUACCGGACCCCUAGCCAUGACAAGGUGGUUUCUGUCUUCUACACAGUUCUUACUCCUAUGCUCAACCCCCUAAUUUAUAGCUUGAGGAACCGAGAGGUGAUGGGGGCACUGAGGAAGGGACUGGACCAUUGUAGGUUUGUCAUCCAGCAUUGA